UGAGAAAAAAGGCGCCUUCAGACUCUCGAUCGGAAACCGCGUUGUCCCCACCAUACUCCUAUCCUAGAGUUCCGUUCUACUUUGAAUUCAGAGGAAAUCUUUUUGUUUUGACUUUUUUCUGUAUUUACCCAAUUGUUUAAACUUUUCAGCUCCCUUUUCUUCUUACUUCAGCCUCCCAAGCCAGCCUCGACUUCACUCUGGAAUCCGAGUUUCAGCUACUCCGACGCCAAAAACGAUCUACUUCUGGAAUUCAUGGUUGAAUUGCCACACGAUUGAUAUCAGACAUAGCAAUAUAGAUCCUAACUAAUACCGAAAUGAAGAAAGAAUACCCUCCUGUCCCUUGUCGAUAUGUUAUUUUCCUUGUUAUCAAGACUGUAUUUCUACUAGAAACAACAGUUGGAGAUCCAAGAACCCAAACAGUCCAAAUAACGUGUAGCAACCAACUUGAGCACAAUGCCACUGUUUUUGUUCCAAAUUUUGUUGCUACAAUGGGAAAUAUCAGUGAUCAAAUGCGACUUUCAGGUUUUGGAGUAGCAAUCACAGGUUCAGGCCCUGAUACUAACUUUGGCCUUGCCCAGUGCUAUGGGGAUCUCUCAUUGCUUGACUGUGUAUUAUGCUAUGCUGAGGCACGCACGGUUCUUCCCCAGUGCUUUCCUUACAAUGGGGGUCGCAUUUACCUUGAUGGUUGCUUCAUGAGGUCUGAGAAUUAUAGCUUUUUUGAGGAGUAUAAAGGACCCAGUGACAGGGCCGUGUGUGGGAAUACAACAAGGAAGAACUCAACCUUUGGAGAGUCAGUGAGACAAGCUGUGAUGGAUACUGUUGAGGCUACACCAAGCCACAAAGGCUACGCAAGGGCACAAGUCGCUGUACCUGGGACAGUGAAUGAGUCGGCUUAUGUGCUGGCUAAUUGUUGGAGAACUUUGAAUGCAAGUUCUUGCAGAGCAUGCUUGGACAAUGCAUCUGCUUCAAUAUUAGAGUGCUUGCCUUGGUCAGAGGGGCGAGCACUGAACACUGGCUGCUUCAUGAGGUACUCAGACAGAGAUUUCCUCAACAAGGAAGUGGGAAAUGGAAGUUCAAGAGGUACCACUAUAGUGAUAGUAGUUUCAGUUGUUAGUUCGGUGGUUGUUUUGGUGGUUGGAAUAGCUAUUGGUAUAUAUAUCUGGAAGCACAGGUAUAUACAAAAGAAGAGAAGAGGUUCAAAUGAUGCAGAAAAGUUGGUGAAAGUUCUUAAUGACAGUAGCUUGAACUUCAAAUAUUCCACAGUAGAGAAGGCUACAGGAGCUUUCGAUAAUGCCAACAAGCUUGGGCAAGGAGGAUUUGGGACAGUUUAUAAGGGUAUUCUGCCUGAUGGACGAGAGAUUGCUGUCAAGAGACUUUUCUUUAACAAUAGACAUAGAGCGGCAGAUUUCUACAAUGAAGUUAACAUGAUAAGCACUGUGGAACACAAGAAUCUAGUCCGGUUAUUAGGAUGCAGCUGCUCAGGACCUGAAAGCCUUCUUAUCUAUGAAUUUAUGCCCAACAAAAGCCUUGAUCAGUUCAUCUUUGAUACAAACAGAGGUAAAGUGCUGAACUGGGAGAAGAGACAUGAGAUUAUUGCGGGGACAGCAGAAGGUUUAUUCUAUCUUCACGAGAAGUCCAAUAUCAAAAUCAUUCAUAGAGAUAUAAAAGCCAGUAACAUCUUGCUGGACUCAAGGCUCCGUGCUAAAAUUGCUGAUUUUGGGUUGGCCAGAUCAUUCCAAGAAGAUAAGAGCCAUAUAAGCACUGCCAUUGCAGGAACGCUAGGAUAUAUGGCUCCAGAGUACCUAGCCCAUGGCCAAUUGACAGAAAAGGCUGAUGUGUACAGCUUUGGGGUGCUUGUGUUAGAGAUUGUCACUGGUAAGCAGAACAACAGGAGCAAAAACUUAGAGUACUCAGAGAGCUUAGUCACAAUAACAUGGAAGCAUUUUCAGUCAGGGACAGUGGAGCGAUUAUAUGAUCCAAAUCUAAUGCUGCAUAAUCACCACAACAGCAAUAUAAAGAAUGAGGUAUUAAGAGUGGUCCAUAUUGGACUUCUGUGCACCCAAGAGAUUCAGUCGUUACGACCAACAAUGUCAAAGGUUCUGCAGAUGUUAACAAAGGAGGAUGAGCACCUCCCGGCACCUACGAAUCCCCCUUUUAUGGAUGAAAGGACCAUGGAACUGAAUGACAUGUCUGAGGAUCCAUUAUACCCCCGCAAAGCAGGAAUGUCUGCUUCGAUUGCUACCGUCUCCUGCAGUUCUUUCCAUCCCAGGUGAGUAUAGUGCUACCAUCCGGGGACAGUUGUUUCUGCCAUUGGUGACUUGAAGAGGAGAGAGAAUUAAUGAUUUUGCUGAAAAUCCAUUGCUUGCAAGUUCUCUACUCAAAUGAAAGAAACCACAGAUCUCAGGUUACAACAUUGACCUUGGCUUCUUGUCGUUGCCACUUGGCAUGAACUCCGCUUAACUCUCAACAUGAGGCAGAAUGUACUCAAGGGUCUCCAGUCUCCGGAUAUGUUACUGAGGAAGACAUUUACGCCAACUCUUCCAAAUUUAAGUUUGAAGAAAUAUGCCUCACGGAAAAAUGUCUCAUGGUUGAUUCUGUAAAUGUGGGUUAUUUGUAUAUUCUCAGCCUGUCUAAUGCAGGAUAUGGAAGCCAAAAUCUCAUAACUAGCAUUUUGUUGUAUUAUUCAUAAAUAAGAACAAAGCAUCUCUUCUUCUUUUA